AUGAACGAUGACGAUGACGACGACGACGUGCCAGAGACAGCUAACUCUGGAAGCACGGGCAGGGAAACGGAACGGGAGAGUGAAGCUGCGAGUGAGUCUGGGUCAAAUCAGACAUCCGAGGACGGGACUAGUUCACUGGGUAACCGUUUUACGGUUAUCGGUGGAUCGUCGAAAUUUAUUCGUAAAUUCGAUGUCACUGGGCGCGAAUUACGAAUGAAGAUCGCGGCCCCUGAAUCGGGUGUUAAUCUAGUGGGGUGGCUGGAGGACGCGUUCAGAGACCUGCAUGCGUAUGCCAUAGGAACGUGCCGUAGUAACGACUACAUAGGUUUCACGUUUAGCGCUGAUAGCUUCAGUCAAGGCCCUGCGUGGUUAUCGUUCCGUCCGGUGAGGGACUCGCGGUACACUCACCUUUGGAAGCUAGUUUUUAGCGUAGCCCAGAGCGCAUCAGAGUUUGGCGUUGACAGUGUCUUUACCGUGACGGUACACAGCGUUGGCGUACCGACGGGCCGCGGAAAGCCGAAGCCGAUCACGCAUGCGGGGGUAUUUAAAAAUUCCAUCGUGCAGAUUAUCAACAGCGACGGACUGUGCCUACCUCGCGCCCUCGUUGUAGCCAAGGCUCACGCCGAGAAGGGCCCGGCCCGCAGCGGCGCCCUGCACGAGCAUUACGAGAUGGUGAGAUUUGCUAGGUCAAGCAUCCAGCGUGCAGAGGCUCGUAAUCUUGUUGCGAGUGCUGGUGUAGAGAUUCCGCCAACAGGGUGCACGGUGUAUAAAAUCGCACAGUUCCAGAACUAUCUGGCACGCGAGGGAUUGCUCCUCACAGUGUACGAGUUGGGGAGGCUAGGUACCGGCGAAGCGGCAUUUUACGACGGAACUGCCGUGGUGAGAGCAACUGGAAUAGGCGAUGUCAGGCACCGUUUGAAUCUGCUGUACUAUCCAGACGAACAGCAUUAUUGUCCGAUUGUCAAUUUAACCGCGGCGGCGGCAGGUGCCUCCUUUUGUCAACCCUGCAAUAGAAAAUUUAACAACGGGUACGAACACCGAUGCUCUGAAAAGUGCCCACAGUGCCUCGCAUCGCCACCGUACAACAGCGAGUCUCGCGAAAUCCAGUGUCCCGAUUGCAAGCGCGUAUUUUGCGGUAACGGCUGCCUGGAGUAUCACCGCAGGAUCGGCUCCUUCAGACCGCGUCACUCCGUAUGUACAACACUGCAUUUAUGCCUGGAUAGCGGGCGAUUCGUAAAUCUUUCAAGGCGGAAUCACAUUUGUGAAACUCGUUUUUGCGCCACGUGCCGAUGCAACAGACCAUACAAUCACUACUGCUACAUGACGCCACUAAAAGACGCGAUCAGGCCGGAACGUUAUAUCUUUACUUUCUAUGAUUUUGAAACGCAGCAAUGCGAGACGGUAAACGGUGAUGCGACGACGAACAUACAUGUGCCGAACCUGAGGGAUCCGGUGAAGGAGCUGGUAGACUUUGCUAUUCGGCCCAUUCACGACUUUGCACGUAUCGUAUGCAUUGCACACAAUGCAAAAGGUUUUGACGCGCAAUUCAUACUGCGGCAUAUGGUUGAGCAGGCUGGAAAUCCGCCGCAGGCCAUUUUAAGCGGUAGCAAGAUCAUUAUGCUAGAAACGGGGCACACCCGUUUUCUAGAUUCUCAAGCGUAUAUGCCCAUGGCAUUAUCGGCGCUACCGAAGGCAUUUGGACUACCGGCUGCUUCCGUGAAAGGUGUAUUCCCUCACCUUUUCAAUACCUCUGAAAACGUUGGUUACGUGGGACCGCUUCCCGCAGCAAAGUUUUACUCUCCGGAUACCAUGAGUAGCGAUGCGGGAGCAGAGUUUUACUUGUGGUACAACGAGGCUGCAAUGAACGAUCAAGUGUUUGACUUUGAUGCGGAAUUGCUAUCGUACUGCCAGUCGGAUGUCGAUAUAUUGCGGCGCGCGUGCGUAGCAUUCAGGGACGUAUUUCUGGAAUGCGGCAGAGUGUGUCCCUUUACCGAGAGCAUGACAAUUGCCUCGGCUUGCUCGGCGGUGUUCCGUAAGAAUUUCUUAAAACCAGAGCGAAUAGGUAUCCUGCCACCGGGCGGCUAUCGACUUGCCGACGCCCAGUCUCGCAAGGCUCUGGAAUGGCUAGUCCUGAAGGAGCGCCAGCUGGGCAUUUACAUCAGGCAUGCCGGAAACGGGCGUGAGUUUCGGAUUCCGGAGACAGGUCGCAAGGUGGACGGAUACCAUGUCGCGGGCGACGGCACGCGGCACGUCUUCGAGUUCCACGGGCGCUUCUGGCACGGCUGUCGCGAAUGUUUGCGGAUCAACCGCGACAGACGUAACGUUAAUGGUGAGUCAUUGGACAAGCGUUACGAAGAAACUAGUGCGAAGACCGAGCGUAUGCGUGAACUGGGUUACCGCGUGACAGAGCAGUGGGAAUGCGUCUUUGAUUAA